AUGGACGAGGAUGAAGGGAGAGGACAAAGAAUUGUCUACGACGGGAAGAGGAUGAGGAAAGCAAUCGCAAGGAGGAAUGUAGAUUAUAAUGGACCACUCCUUAAAUAUAAAUUAGAGGGUCGGUUUGGUUCUGUACAGAAACAUCCGUUAUACUCUAUUUAUGUACCGCCAGUGACUGGGGCGUGCUCGCUCUCUAAUAGUUUAACGGUAAAUUUAGCACACACCAGCAUAAAUAAAAUACGGACGCCAAUUAACACCAUAAGGUACGCACCGAAUGGGAGGAGGCUCAUAUCAGGAGCAGCCACGGGUGAAUUUACGUUAUGGAAUGGGUUCAGCUUUAAUUUUGAGACUAUCUUACAGGCGCAUGAUAGUGCGCUCAGGUCAAUGUGCUGGACACCGCAUGGGGACUAUUUAUUAUCAGGCGACCAGAUUGGGGUUGUGAAGUAUUGGCAGCCAUCGAUGAAUAACUUGCAGUUGAUUGAGGCGCAUAAGGAAGCAGUCCGGGAUAUAAGUUUUGCACCCAGAGGGAACAAGUUCUGCACGGCAUCUGAUGAUGGGACCAUUAAAGUGUUUGACUUCCAGACGGCCAAGGAGGAGAGAAGCCUUUCUGGGCACGGGUGGGACGUGCGCGUGGGACAGUGGCAUAAGAGACACGCACUAAUAGCAAGUGGUGGUAAGGAUAAUUUAGUGAAGCUGUGGGAUCCCAGGGGUAAGGAAAUAACGACCCUGCACAUACACAAGAACACGGUGCUCUGCCUGAAAUGGACAAAUGAUGGCGAGUGUAUACUCACAGGGGGCAAGGACCAGGUGAUUAAGAUGUUUAACCUUAGGGCAAUGAAGGAGGAGUUCACGCAUAAGGGACACCAAAAGGAGGCAACUGCCCUGUGCGUACACCCGUGCUUAGACAGCUUAUUCGUAUCUGGGGGUGGUGAGGGGUCUGUUUAUAUCUGGCAGAAGCAUAAUGAGUACCCUGUAAGGGUGAUCCCGGAUGCCCACCAGAAGACUAUUUGGUCAAUGGACUUCCACCCGAUCGGGCAUACGCUCGCAACGAGUUCUGUUGAUAAUACGGUUAAGUUCUGGAUUAGGCCGAGACCGACUGCUGAGGAGGGGGCACUGGAUACGGUCGACAGUGUAGAUGUAGAGCAAGAAAGGAUUCCUGGGGUUGGGUCGGACUUGCAGGAAUGAGUGUAAAUUUGGGU